AUGCGUUGUGCAGAACGCACCACCCUCUGGAGAGCCUUGCGGUUGAAGGCGGUGCAGUCGCCGUACCAGGCGGUGAUGCAGCCGACAGGAUGCUCUCAAUUGUGCAUCUGUUGGAGCAGUAGCAACAGUAGCAAUAACAGCAGCAGCAGUUGCACUGGCAGUACCAGUACAAGUAAUAGCAGCAGUAACUGUAGUAGUAACAGUACCAGUAGUAGCAGCAGUAACAGUAGUACCAGUACCAGUAGUAGCAGCAGUAACAGUAGUAGUACCAGUAGUAGCAGCAGUAACAGUAGUACCAGUACUAGUCGUAGCAGCAGUAACAGUAGUACCAGUACCAGUAGUAGCAGCAGUAACAGUAGUAGUACCAGUACUAGUAGUAGCAGCAGUAACGGUAUUAGUAGUAGCAGCAGUAACAGUAGUAGUACCAGUAGUAGCAGCAGUAACCGUAGUAGUAGUAGCAGCAGUAACAGUAGUAGUAACAGUACCAGUAGUAGUAGCAGUAACAGUAGUAGUACCAGUACCAGUAGUAGCAGCAGUAACAGUAGUAGUCGUAGCAGCAGUAACAGUAGUAGUACCAGUACUAGUAGUAGCAGCAGUAACAGUAUUAGUAGUAGCAGCAGUAACAGUAGAAGUACCAGUAGUAGCAGCAGUAAUGGUAGUAGUACCAGCAGUAGCAGCAGUAACAGUAGUAGUCGUAGCAGCAGUAACAGUAGUAGUAACAGUACCAUUAGUAGCAGCAGUAACAGUAGUAGCAGUAGG